GAGGGUGAAGGAAAGUUUAUCGCCCAUCUUGCGGCGCGUCUUAUCCCCGCCACGGUCCUCCUGCGCCCCACACACUCAUCGUCCUCCCUCGUUUCCACCGCUCCCAUCUUGCUCCGGGAGCCAAAAACCUGUCGCCUCCUCGCCUCCUUCCGUUUCCCUCCGCCCCGGCCGCGCGCAAUCCACGCGGGCUCUCGGCUCGCCGUAGGGAUCCCUCUACUCCGCCACUCGUCCGAUGGCGCCGCAGCUGCAGGGCGGCUACUGGAUCUUCUCCGGGCCACGGCUCCAGCAGAUGCCCCCGUGGCCGCGCUCCACCGAUUCAUCGCGGCCGCGGCUCCUGCGCCUCGUCCCUACGCGACGCCCCUGCAACGGCGCGGUCCGAGUGGUCGCGGACGCGGGCCCGGCGCUGGCGCUGGCGCUGGACGGCGGCGCGGAUGCGGUGGGGAUCGAGCUCCUGACGGAGGAGCAGCAGGAGGACGUGGACGAGAGGGAGAGGCUCAGGCGGAUGCGAAUAUCACAGGCGAACAAGGGUAACACGCCGUGGAACAAGGGAAGGAAGCACAGCCCAGAGACGCUGCAGCGGAUUCGGGAGAGAACCAGGAUUGCGAUGCAGGACCCCAAGGUUAAGAAAAAGCUGAUGAAUCUGGGACAUGCACAGAGUGAGGAGACACGAGUAAAGAUAUCAGCGGGAGUGAGGCGAGGUUGGAGUUUGCGUCUACAGAGAUUAAUGGUGCAGGAUGGCUGCUUUGUGGAGUGGAGGGACAUGGUAGCUGAUGCGGCUAGAAAGGGCUUUGCUGGUGGAGUUGGCCUCCAAUGGAAUUCAUAUAAAAUCAUCACUGAGCAAAUGCGGCAAGAGUGGUUGGAGAAUCACCAGAAAAGGAGAUCAAUGCCGAGGCCAAGAGGAGGUAACAGACGAGCACCAAAAACUCCUGAGCAGAGGAGAAAAAUUGCAGAAGCCAUUGCUGCAAAGUGGUUGGAUCAAGAAUAUCGUGAACGUGUUUGUAGUGGAAUUGCUAGCUACCAUGGAUCAUCUACUGGCACUAAAACACCAAGAAAACCAAGACCUGCUGAAGAACCAGGUGUAAAGAGAGAGACUACAAAAAAGAAAUAUUUGCAAGCCAGAGCUGUAAUCUUAGAGGAUUCUCUCGGAAAAGGGGCAACUGUUAAGAGAAAGAAAAGUGCAACUCCCUACAAAGAUCCGAUGGCAGGUGAAAAAUUGGAGAUGUUAUCAAAGAUUCGAGCUCAAAGGGCAGCACUGGAAAUAGAAAAGAAAGAAGCUAUUAAAAGGGCCAGGUCACUGAUUGCAGAAGCAGAAAAGGCUGCUGAUGCUCUGGAAACUGCUGCAGCGAUGAGCCCUUUUGCUCAAGCAUCACUUAUAGAAGCUAGAAAGCUUGUUACAGAGGCAAGAGUAUCACUUGAAUGUGUUGAUCUUGAAGGGCCUCCAGAAAAUGCUUCUGAUGAUACGUCAGAGGACUCAGCUUUAUUGGACUACGACCACAGACUGGAGACACAGAAUGAAAGCAAUGUGUUGGAGCAAGAGAAUAAACCUGUAAAUGGGAUAAAAUUUCCGCCAACCAAUGUUAAUGGCAUCGGUUUCCAUUUCGAUGAAUCUGCAUUCACCGGAAUAAAACAACUUUAUCAAAGGAUAGAGAAUUCCAUGGAAAGAGCUUUUCUUCUUCCUUCAGCUUCAUCAAAGAUUAAAGGUGUGAAUGGAGAUUUUGGAAUAAUAGAUUUUCAAGUUAGGCAAUCAAUGGUCAAUGAUAUGGCAAAUCAUGAUUGCAUUGCAGCUGAAUCAACAGAUCAUCCAGGGACACUGGGAGAAGAUGCUCCCAGGUCUGCAGAAAAUGCCGAAACAAGAGAAGAUUGUCCUCCGGGGACACUGGAAGAAGACACACCUUCAUCUGAGGAAAAGUAUAAGAUGAGAUGGGUACGUGGAAGGCUGGUUAAAGUAGAAAAUGAAUAUGAGGAUCCUGAAAUCUAGUCGUACUUGGCAAAUCCGGCUAUGAUACCACUGCUAGGCAAUUGAGUUUGCUCGCUUCCAUAUUUUGCAUGCCAUUCAUAUGCUCAAUUUGGUAUUUACAAUCUGCCUGCUCGAAGGAACCAAAGUGUAAACCUACUGGCGUGGACAGGACGGGAGUGGUCUUGAGGCACUUAUUGGUUUGCGUAUAUGCAAGAGCGAGCGUUUCCCGUUCUCUUCUGAGGUGACAUUUGUAAUUAGUAGUUGGUAGCUAGAUCUUUUCUUACCAUAUGUUGUACUCCAUUCGUUCCAACUUACUGAUUACUUUAGCUGUGCUAAGUCAAACUUCUUUAAUUUUGACUACCUUUAUUCAAAAAUAUAUUUUCAAAAAGAUCUGCAGUAGUGCCUA